GCUGGAGUAGGGUUCUCAACUGGAGCGGGAUCCUCAGCUGGAGCAGGAUCCUCGGCUGGAGUAGGCUCUUCUGCAGGCGCGUUCUCUUCUGUGACUUCUGCCGCCGGGGCGGAUUCUUCUUCGGGAACCGGCUCUUCUGCUGGAGCAGACGCUUCCGCUGCAGCAGGCUCUUCUGCAGGUUCUUCCUUCUCGGCAGGUUUUUGUUCAGGAGUGGCCUCUUCUGCGGGAGCAGGGUCUUCGGAUGGAACAGGCUCGUCGGGGGUUGUUCUGCCGGAGCGGGAUCCUCCGUCGCUUCUUCUGCGGGGCGGGCUCUUCUGUAGGAGCCGGCUCUUCCGCCGCUGCUGCCUCUUCUACAAGCUCUUCUACUGGUGCGGACUCCUCGACUGCAGUAGGAUCCUUAGUCGGAGUAGGAUCUUCUGCGGGUUCUUCUGUCGGAGCGGGCUCUUCGGCUGCAGCGGCCUCUUCCGCAGGUUCUUCUGCUGGAGCAGGCUCCUCGACAGCAGCUGGAUCCUCAACGGGAUCAGGCUCUUCCGUCGGAGAAGGAUCCUCGGCUGGAGUAUGGUCUUCGGUUGAAACAGGAUCUGCCGGAGCAGGAUCUUCAGUCGGGAUGGGCUCUUCGAUGGGGGCGGGAUCUUCUGCCGGAGCGGGCUCCUCAACUGGGGCAGGCUCUUCUGCGGGUUGUUCCACCGGGGUGGAUUCUUCUGCCGGAACUGCCUCCACGCCUUCUUCUGCGGGAGCUGAAUCGUCUGCCGGAGCGGGUUCUUCAGCUGAAACAGGAUCUUCGGUCGGGGCAGGACCGUCAGUCGCAGCAGCCUCUUCUGUAGAAGCAGGUUCCUCAGCUGAAGCAGAUUCUUCUGGCGAUUCUACCGCCGGGGCGGGCUCUUCUGUCGGGGCUGGAUCUGCUGGGGCGGCAGCGUCCUCAGGCGUAUCGUCUUGCGGUGCGUCUGCUUCGGGAGCGGUGGUUGAGUCUUCUUCCGGGGUGGUUCUUCCCCCGCAUUCGUAUUUUCUACCGGAGGCUCGUCUUUCGUCUCAUCGAGGGUGCCCUCUUCUGCUGGAUUCGAAUCUGGGCCAGCACUAUCGCCUUCUAGUGGAGGAUUCUCCCCUUCGCCAUUCGUUUCCGGUGCGGCAUCGGCUGGACUUUCAGUUGCCUCUGCCGGGGGAUCUGGGGGAGCAUCUGCGGGCGGUUCUCCUGCGGGUUCUACCGCAUCGGUCGAUUCUUUAAAUUACUUAGCAUGACUCGAGCAAUAAAAAUACAAGAUUGAAUAAAGAGAGCGGUUGUAGAACUAAACAACAACAUACCACCAGUCUCUGGAGGUGAGGGUUCCGCCGGAGGAUCACUGGGACUUUCCUCCGGGCAGCUUCCG